AUGGGCCCCUGGACGCGCUUCAUAUACAACGUGUUAACCCAGCCGCGACAUACGCAAUGGAUUGGACCUUUGCUGAUCCUAGGAGACGCAGCGCUCUGUGCGCUCGUUGUCUGGAAGAUCUCCUACACAGAGAUCGAUUGGACGACCUACAUGCAACAAGUUAAGCUGUUUAUCGAUGGCGAGCGCAAUUAUCCCUCGAUUCAAGGCUCGACCGGGCCCCUCGUCUACCCCGCCGGCCACGUCUACGUAUACACCCUCCUUUACCACCUCACCGAUCAAGGGCGCGAUAUUCUGCUGGGCCAGAUUAUCUUUGCCGGCAUAUACCUAGCGACUCUGGCUAUUGUCGUUGCCUGUUACAGACAGGUUCUAGCCCCGCCGUAUUUGUUUCCUCUCCUCGCCCUGUCUAAGCGACUUCAUAGCAUUUACAUGCUGCGCAUGUUCAAUGAUGGUAUCGCGGCUUUCUUUAUGUGGGCUGCGAUCUAUCUGUGGAUGAAACGGAAGCCUCUAGCAGGUGUCAUGGUAUGGAGUCUCGGGGUUUCCGUCAAGAUGACUCUGGUUCUGCUUGUGCCGGCGAUUGCUGUCAUUACUGUGUAUGACUCGGGCCUGACCGGUGGCUUAGCUCAAGCCAUUGUAGCAUUUCAGCCUCAGAUGUUGCUCGCAAAGCCUUUCACUCGCAAAGAUGCCAUUGGCUAUCUCACUCGGUCUUUUGAGCUUACCCGGAAAUUCAUGUUUAAGUGGACGGUCAACUGGAGGUUCGUCGGCGAGGAGACAUUCUUGUCUAAAGAAUUUUCGUUGGGCCUACUUGCUUUGCACGUCUCGCUCCUAGGCAUCUUCUCAACCGUUUGGUCCAAGCCGUCCAAUAUGAACGUUUUCAACUUUGCCCAGCGUCUUCUCCGCGGAUGGAAACCUCGCAUCAUCCUCUCCAAAACCUUCAUCAUGCAGGCUAUGCUAAGCUCCUUGGCCAUUGGCAUGUUGUGCGCCAGAUCCUUGCACUACCAAUUCUUCGCUUAUUUGGCAUGGGCCACCCCAUACCUUCUUUGGCAAGCCAACUUCCACCCAAUCCUCAUCUAUGUCAUCUGGGCGGUGCAAGAAUGGGCGUGGAAUGUUUAUCCCAGCACCAACAUCAGUUCGGCGGCCGUGGUUGUGUCCCUCACUUUGCAAGUGUUUGGCGUAUUCAUCAGUGGGCUCGGGGAGGUGGACAACGGGCGCCGAAACGUCGAUGAUAGGACAUACGGGCGUUCUCAAUAG